AUGUCUGUCAGCGAGAUGUUCAUCACUUUGCAGGGGGUUCUCACGGCCGACCAGGAUAUCCGCGAGGAGAUCAGGAAAGUUGUUCAAACUCUGGAGCAAACAGCUCGGGAAAUUCUGACAGUGCUACAGGGGGUCCACCAAGGUUCUGGAUUCCAGGACAUACCAAAGAAGUGUCAGAAGGCUCGUGAACACUUUGGCACAGUAAGAGCACAGCUGGCCUCGCUGAAAAUAAAAUUUCCUGCAGAUCAGUAUUACAGAUUUCAUGAACAUUGGAGGUUUGUGCUGCAGCGCUUGGUAUUCUUGGCAGCAUUUGUUGUCUACUUGGAGACAGAGACAUUAGUGACCCGGGAGGCUGUUACAGAAAUACUUGGAAUUGAAGCUGAAAGAGAGAAGGGUUUCCAUCUGGAUAUUGAGGAUUACCUCUCUGGAGUGCUGACUCUUGCUAGUGAGCUGUCUAGGCUAGCAGUGAACAGUGUCACAGCUGGAGACUACUCUCGCCCCCUCCGCAUCUCUGCAUUCAUCAAUGAGCUGGAUUCUGGCUUCCGCCUCCUGAACUUGAAGAAUGACUCCCUGAGGAAGCGGUACGAUGGCCUCAAGUAUGAUGUCAAGAAGAUUGAGGAGGUGGUUUAUGACCUGUCAAUCAGAGGGCUUAACAAGGAGGAAACAGAUGGUGCUGGUGGGGAGAAAUAAAUAAGGGCAUGUGGAACUGGGUCAAUUAUUGCCUCAGUUU